GAUAGGGAGGGAGGGGAAGAGGGAAACCGGAAUGAGGGAGGGAGGGGGAGAGGGAGAUCGGGAUGGGGUCCCAUGUCGGGAUGCAAUCGCACAUCGGGACAGGGAGAACGAGAAGGGGCAACGGAGUCGGGAUAGAAAGGUCGAACGAGGGGGAGGGGGUUGCACGUCCGGAUGUCGUCGCACAUUGGGAUAGCGAGGAGGGGCAACGACUGGUUGAACAGGAGGAAUGCCGCAGCCAUGGCCGUGAUCCAGGCUGCUUCAGCUGUCCGCACGUGCGCGCGAUUGGAUGGGCGGCGGGAAGGAGGCUGCAGGAAGUACUGGACGGCUUCGAGCGGAAGGGGUUCCCUGGCUGUGUGGGUGCUAUUGACGGCACCCAUAUCUACGUUAAGAAGCCAAGCGGGGAGAGGGCCGAAUGCUACUACGACCGCACUGGACAAUUCUCUGUCCAAGCGCAGGUCGUGUGCGACAACGAAUGCCACAUCUCCAGCGUUUACGUGGGAUGUCCCGGGUCGCUACACGACUCUCGCGCGCUUCGACUGUCUCCCCUGUACGCUAUGGCGCGCGAAGGCAGGGGUUUAUUCGGUACAGGAUCCGUCGUGUUGAGAGACGAGAGGACUGUUGGCCGCUACUUGCUUGGCGAUGCGGGGUAUCCGCUGCUCCCAUGGAUAAUGAUCCCUGGUUGGCGAGGCACGAGGACGGAGCAGCAGAGGAUGUAUAACGACUGCCACACAUCUGCUAGGUCUUGUAUCGAGGGCACAUUCGGGAGGCUGAAGGCGGUGUGGAGGCACUUCAUACGGCAACAAAUCUGCAACAUGAAGACCUUGUGCAAGGACUUUAUGGCGAUUUGCAUUCUCCACAAUAUCAUGGUCGACCAUCGAGUCGUCAUCGACCCUGACGACUUGUCGGACGACAGCGACGACGACCUGUCGGACGACAACGACGACGACCUGUCGGACGCGGACAGCAGGCCACGUCGGCGCCGCCGUGUGGCCGUCAGUGAUGAGGUUCCCCAGGCACCCGAUCAGGAAAACGAUCCGACGUACGGGAGCGAUUUGGGGAAGGAUAUCAGAAACAGCUUGGUGACGCACGUGUGUCACCAUGCUCGUGUGCAUGGUGCUCCGCAGCCGAGUCCGUGGGGAAGUUGAAGUGUGUGUGUGUGUGUGUGUGUGUGUGUGUGUGUGUGUGUGUGUGUGUGUGCGUGUGUGUGAAUGUGAACGUGAUUUGUCAAACAAAGUGCGUCACAGUAC